AUUUUGCGAAGAAAACUUCGACGAACUGCAUUGGGAAUAUUUAUUAGUCAAAACUGCAUUUCCCUGCAGGAUGAUUGACCAUGAAAAUCUACUCGCCCUGCACAAAAAUUACACGCUCUACAUGUUCACAAAAUAAAUCAGAAAGUAUCAGAUGUAGAUUCCAAUACAAAGUGGACACAAAAUGACGUCUCCCAAAGGCUUUUCUGAAGUGCAAAGUGAAACGUUUAACUGGGAGGAGUACUUAAAGGAGAGCGGAGGGGAACCUGCUCCAGAGACAUGCUUCAAGCAGGCCUCGACGCCACCGGAAAACACAUUUGAGCCCAGUCAGAAGAUAGAAGCUGCAGACCCCAGAAACUUGACAUCUACAUGUGUUGCCACGGUGAUAGGCGCAGUGGGUCCCCGUCUGAGACUGAGGCUGGAUGGUAGUGACAACUCUAAUGACUUCUGGAGGCUGACAGACAGUGGAGACAUUCAUCCCAUAGGUUUUAGUGAGAAGAAUGGCGGACUGCUUCAACCUCCACUUGGAUUUCGAAUGAACCCUUCCUCAUGGCCAAGCUUUAUGCAGAAGACUCUGAAUGGGGCUGUGUGUGCUCCCAGCAGCUGCUUUAAACAGGAGCCCCUUGGACCCAGGAGAAAUGAGUUCAAGCCCAGCAUGAAACUGGAGGCUGUAGACAGGAAGAACCCGAUGUUGAUAUGUCCUGCCACAAUAGGGGCCAUAAAUGGGGACCAAGUACAUGUUAGGUUUGAUGGUUGGAAGGGCGCCUUUGACUACUGGUGCAAGUAUGAUGACAGGGACAUAUUCCCUUGUGGUUGGUGUGCUAAAAACGGCCAUCCCCUGCAGCCACCGGGCCAGAAAGGUUCUGGCGCAGUAACCAAGCCCGGGCGUGGCAGAUUGUCUGACAGCAGCACGCAGGGCCUGAACCCAACCAGUCGAAACUCAACCCCCAGUAGACAGAAGAGCCCCUCCCCUGCCCCAACCCCCACAAGUCCCAGGGUGAAGGAGGAGCAUUUAUCCCCGAGGGAGGCAUCAGUUGUCACAGUUACUGAACCUGACACAAGCUCCCCCUCACCACCUGCUGUGUGUGUGUACAUCAACCAUGGUUGUAACUGUGGUCCAUACCUGAACCAACAGCGGAUCCUCCAGCUGCCGUCCCAGUAUGGCCCUGGAGUAAUCAACCGUGUCCUCUACGACAUCCUCAAGGGAUGCAUGGAGUGCGCAUUUACCGAGAAGGUCGUGUAUAACCUCAUACCAGAAGGGCACGGCAGGGUAGUCAUUUCAGCUAGUCAUGGUCACAAGACGUACACUAAGCGUGUGAUAGGCGUGGAGACAGGGGACGAGUUCUGGGGUCUGCUGGACAGAUUGUUUGAGGAUCUCGGCUGUUGCCAGAACCUGUUCUCCACUAAACCACUCAACAAUGUUUGCCAGAAGUGUUCCAGAGUAAGAUCUGAUUCUGAGGGCCAGCAGUCAGCAGAUAACAGAUCCAAUAAGUCCAACAAAUCCAACCCAAAACGCCGCUGGUCAACAGAAUCAGCAGAGAGUUUACGCAACACGACUCAUCCAAAACCUGUCAAGGUGCGACGCUCAUACGAGGCUGAGGCGAGUUCGACGACUGUGGAUCCUCGUGCACACAGGCCGGCAAACCCAGCUGAUUGGUCAAUUGAUGAGGUUGUCCGACACAUUUGUGAUACUGACCCAGCUCUCGCCCCACAUGCUGUGCUUUUUAGGAAGCAUGAAAUUGAUGGGAAGGCGCUGCUGCUGUUAAACAGCGAUAUGAUGAUGAAGUACAUGGGGCUGAAGCUGGGACCUGUCCUCAAACUGUGUAACCUAAUUGACAGGCUUAGACAGCGUGCCAGAUGAAGAGAACCACUUCAAACAAAGCUGCCAAUGAGACAUUUCUAAACUGAAUACAUGAUCUGUGUCAUAAUCCAGAUGGACCCAGCUUAAACAGUGGGCCAAUCAAAAGAUGCCAGAAACAGCCUAGUUUUGUUUUGUUGUUUCAUAUCAAGAGGCAGUGCUUUGCAAAAUUGUUUGAUCAUUGUAUAAAAAUUGUUUGAUCAUUGUAUAAAAACAUGCUUAUUACAGGAGGGCAAUAUACAUGUAGAUAAUAUUAUUAUAGGGCUAGGGUAGGGGAACUGUUUGUCAUGGUGAUUUGUUGGAUACAUUUGUUUUCCUCCUAUUUCUUGUCUGUUAAUGUGUUUAUGGUUUAAGAUCUGAUCUUGGAUUCAGAAACAAUGAGCUGCUGGUUCUACUUAUUGAAAGGUCCUUACUUAUUGAAAGGUCCUCUUUUGCAAGGCCAAAAAUAGGGUCAGAGGGCAAGAUUUGUUUUAGGUAAUGGAAUGUCUUAGUACCAUUUUCACCCUUAAAACUUUUGCCAUUUUGCAUCGGGCAACAUUUAAUUAGGGUGAUGUUUAAAAUCAGUAUGUUUAUGCAUCUUUCCUGUGCAAUAGAAUAUAGAAAAGAUGUAAUGAAAAGGAGAAAAAUAGUAGGCAGGAAAAAUUGUUCUGGCAGCCAAAAAAAAGUAGGGUUGGGUACAAGAAAUUAGGAUCAGGCGGUGAAAAUGGGAAAAAAAUAUAAAAUGUUGUGCCGAAUGCUGUUGUUAAAACUUGUUGGUACCCUAUCCAAAUGUAAUUCAUGUAGUUGUGGACAAGUGGAGAAAUGAUUUAAGUGUUGAACUGUUCUGAUAAUCACUGUUGUACAUAUAUAUGUACACAGAACUUUAACCUAUACUAGCUCAAAGAUAAUGAAAUGUGGCAGCCAUUUUGUGAUAUUCGAACAAAUACUUGGGGUUUUGAGCCAGUCCUGCAAAUUGAAGCCUUUGGUGGAUUGUUCUGAACUUUGUUGAAAUGUGAAAUAUGUGAUGAUGUGCUCAAAAAUUUAAAAUAAAAACAAGUACAGCUGAAACAGUUGUCUCAAAUCUUGUUAGAAAUACAGCAGAUCACAAGUGUAUUGGUUAAUCUUUAGGCCCCAAUUUCUCGAAACUUCUUAAGUUCCUUAUAACAGGAUUAAGCUAAUCUCACAAUUUUUGUUUUUCAAUAAUUUGCGUAAUAUUUUUUAAUUUUUUUUAAGAGUUUUAAUACUUAAGAUAGGAAUGAUCUUUAUUAUAAUCACAAUUAACCAUUUUUCAGCUAUCAAAAAUCAAUUUAAGUAUGUAUCUUGGCUAAUUGAAAUAAGCUACUUAAGCCUGUUUAGCUUAAGAAGUUUCGAGAAAUUGAGGCCAGAGCAUUAAUGAUUUGAAAGUUAAAAACGAAGACAUUAACAACAUUGUUGACUUAAACAAAGUUCUGAAAUAUCGGCCCAUAGUCAAUGGAAUAUCGGCCCAUAGUCAAUGAAAUAUCGGCCCAUAGUCAAUGAAAUAUCGGCCCAUAGUCAAUGAAAUAUCGGCCCAUAGUCAAUGAAAUAUCGGCCCAUAGUCAAUGAAAUAUCGGCCCAUAGUCAAUGGAAAAUAGCAAACACCUUUGAGUUGUCAUUUUUUGAAGAAAACAAUUUUUAAUUAAUCUAUUUUCAUCUGAGUUUCACUAAAUGUAAUUGUAUGAGUUUUUCUGAUAUCUUUAUAUCUGUACCACUUAAAUACACUUUUAUUUCAUCUGAAAUUCUAUACAGUUGUAUGAAAAAACAUUUCCUUAUGCGAGAUUGUGAAACUUUUUUGUAAAACAGUUUAAACCAGUCAAAAAGGGUUUCAUAAUUUACAGAGAAAGUUGAUAUUAGAGGAACUUAAAAAGUUUUUGCAAAUCUGCAAGUUUUGUAAUUUGAAAUAUCUUUUAUUUGAUUGUAUCUAGCUAGUAUAUAGUUUUGCAUCUGCAGUUUUGCAGUAUAAUUUUAAAUUUAAUUUUAUAGCAAUUGCAAGUGUUUAAUGAAAUUUUAUGGAUGUAUUUAUAUAUAUAUGAAAUUUCUGGCACCAAUAUCACAAAAAAAAAACCCGGCAAAUCUCAAUCUCGACUUAUUUUACCAUAUAUUUACCAUAGAAUGAUUAAAAAUCUUGCAUGUUUUAUACUUUUUUAAAAUAAAUUUUCUCAUGUUAUGUUUAAAAAAAAGAUUUUGUCAAUAUUUCAAAGAAAACUUAUUCUAGUGCAAAAAAUAUACUUUGAGUUAUUAUUAAAAAGAAAUAAAUUUUACUCAAGCACCUUUUUUAGGCUGUAGAAUAUUUCUCCUUGGAAUUAAGGCCGUAGGUUUUGAUCAACGUAUUCAUGAUAGAAUGCGGUAUUAAAAGGUGAAAAAAAACAUAUAUUAUUUUCAAUAACUUUUGAUGCUAUGUGGUAAAACUAUUUGAGUGUGAGACUGAGAUUUUACUUAAAGGGACACUCUUAGUCAAAUCAAUACAUACACAUCAAUUUUGACUGAUAAACUUUAAAGUACUUACUAAAUAAUGCAUUUAUGGAAUAUAUUAAUUACUGAUAACAAGAUUUUAACCGUGUAUUUAAUAGCAGAAAGCGCAAAAAUAUUAAAUGAUUGGUGAAUGCUAAAAGAUUUACCGGUACUGUUGUCUACCCAUAGUAAGUUAGAACUACAGUGUUUUAUGCUCAUUUCUUUCAAAUUAAACUUGGUAUACUUCAUAAGAACCAUUGUUUUCGACAUUUAUUCAUCUUUUUUGAAUAUAAAAAAAUAUUAUUAAUUGUGGUAAAUCUUGUUUGGGAGUAAGAGUGCAUCUUUUUAAGCAUGCUCGUGAUAUUGGGGCCUUGUUUAAAUCCAUGCAUGUUUGAUUCCUUGUAGAAGACUGUACUCUGUUAUGUUUGGCUCUUGUUGUUGAUAUUAGUCGUUUUUGGUGUUUGAAAUAGUCAAUUGUAUCAAUCAAACGAAAUAACUGUACACUGAUGGUCUUACUUAGUCAAGAUAUUCUGUAAAUAUAAGAACUGGUUGUUACUUGUAAAGAAUGGUAAAUAUUAUAAUGUGUAUACAAUCGAACCCCGCUGGCUCAAACUCCCAGGAACUGGCAAAAAUACCUCGAGCCUCAGAGAAUUUCAUACACCUGAGAAUGCUUAUCAGCAGUAUAGAGAAAUCUGUCCUUUACAUCCAGUUCUAGUCAAUGAGGAAAUCGAGCCCAAUGAGUUCGAGUCAACAGGGUUCGACUGUAGAAGCAUUCAUCUGCUGAAUUUGCUUUGUAUUUAUAUGUGUCCUUUAUGUUUGGUGCAUCCUACACGGUCUGUAUUUUGUGUAUACAAGUUGCAGUCUGUUAGAACUACAGUCUUGUGUCAUAAUGCUUUUUUUUAGUAUCAAAAUUGUGUCUCUGAUAGUUACAUGACAAUUGGCCAGUUGUUCAGAACAUUGAUAACAGUUUCAUGGAUAAAUUUGUGAUGUCCAGUAUUCUUGCAAGGUAACAGACAACUGAUUAAUUUAUCAAUAAUGCUGUUAACAAUGUUAUUAACUUUAGGAAGUUCUGAACAAUCGUCCCAUUAUUUGUCGGCCUAUUAUUGAACUAUCUUUUCUUGUUCCCAGUUUUGAAUAAGGCUUUUUGGACCUAUGUUUAUUUUUUUGGCCAAGAAUUUCUGUAAGACAUUUAUUUUUUUAUUUUAUCAAAAAACAAUAUACAUGUAUUAUUAUAAACUUCAAACCCGGAGUCGUAAUCUUGCAUAGAAAAACACUUGUUUUUGGGUUUGAGCAAGAAAAGCCAAAAUGACCAAAAAAUUGAAAACUUCAUACAGUUACAUAGUACCUGCAUGAUAUAUCAAACCCAUGUCCAUUAUGUUAUAGUUACUCUCAACUUAAACUCCAAACCACCAGGUGGUUAGUUUGUUAGACAUACGAGAUAUUGAAUAUCUUCUGACUACAGUCAUGAAUCAUGUUCAUCAAUGUUUUUGUAUCUGUACGAGAACAGUCACUCCUAUGUGCUACAGUGUAUCUGUACGAGAACAGUCACUCCUGUGUGCUACAGUGUAUCUGUACGAGAACAGUCACUCCUGUGUGCUACAUUGGAUCUGUACGAGAACAGUCACUCCUAUGUGCUACAGUGUAUCUGUACGAGAACAGUCACUCCUAUGUGCUACAGUGUAUCUGUACGAGAACAGUCACUCCUAUGUGCUACAGUGUAUCUGUACGAGAACAGUCACUCCUAUGUGCUACAGUGUAUCUGUACGAGAACAGUCACUCCUAUGUGCUACAGUGUAUCUGUACGAGAACAGUCACUCCUAUAUGCUACAGUGUAUCUGUACGAGAACAGUCACUCCUAUAUGCUACAGUGUAUCUGUACGAGAACAGUCACUCCUAUGUGCUACAGUGUAUCUGUACGAGAACAGUCACUCCUAUGUGCUACAGUGUAUCUGUACGAGAACAGUCACUCCUGUGUGCUACAGUGUAUCUGUACGAGAACAGUCACUCCUGUGUGCUACAUUGGAUCUGUACGAGAACAGUCACUCCUAUGUGCUACAUUGGAUCUGUACGAGAACAGUCACUCCUAUGUGCUACAGUGUAUCUGUACGAGAACAGUCACUCCUAUGUGCUACAGUGUAUCUGUACGAGAACAGUCACUCCUAUGUGCUACAGUGUAUCUGUACGAGAACAGUCACUCCUGUGUGCUACAGUGUAUCUGUACGAGAACAGUCACUCCUGUGUGCUACAUUGGAUCUGUACGAGAACAGUCACUCCUAUGUGCUACAUUGGAUCUGUACGAGAACAGUCACUCCUAUGUGCUACAGUGUAUCUGUACGAGAACAGUCACUCCUAUGUGCUACAGUGUAUCUGUACGAGAACAGUCACUCCUAUGUGCUACAGUGUAUCUGUACGAGAACAGUCACUCCUGUGUGCUACAGUGUAUCUGUACGAGAACAGUCACUCCUGUGUGCUACAUUGGAUCUGUACGAGAACAGUCACUCCUGUGUACUACAGUGUAUCUGUACGAGAACAGUCACGCCUGUGUACUACAGUGUAUCUGUACGAGAACAGUCACUCCUGUGUGCUACAUUGGAUCUGUACGAGAACAGUCACUCCUGUGUGCUACAGUGUAUCUGUACGAGAACAGUCACUCCUAUGUGCUACAUUGGAUCUGUACGAGAACAGUCACUCCUAUGUGCUACAGUGUAUCUGUACGAGAACAGUCACUCCUAUGUGCUACAGUGUAUCUGUACGAGAACAGUCACUCCUGUGUGCUACAGUGUAUCUGUACGAGAACAGUCACUCCUGUGUGCUACAGUGUAUCUGUACGAGAACAGUCACUCCUAUGUGCUACAGUGUAUCUGUACGAGAACAGUCACUCCUGUGUGCUACAGUGUAUCUGUACGAGAACAGUCACUCCUGUGUGCUACAGUGUAUCUGUACGAGAACAGUCACUCCUAUGUGCUACAGUGUAUCUGUACGAGAACAGUCACUCCUAUGUGCUACAGUGUAUCUGUACGAGAACAGUCACUCCUGUGUACUACAUUGGAUCUGUACGAGAACAGUCACUCCUGUGUACUACAGUGUAUCUGUACGAUAACAGUCACGCCUGUGUACUACAUCCAUUGUUAUGUUUGUACAUACAUUCUCUGUUAUACCAUUCUGCCAUGUUUAGCGUGUAUUAUGCCUGUGUGUUCAUUACAAUUUUUCAUUAUUCUUGGUAGAGGUCUUUUUUGUUAUUUCUACCUUGUGUGUAUUUUGGAGAGAAAGGGUUGGGGGUAGGCUUGGUGUCAUAGAACAGUAUGAAACUUGGUACACAUGUAAAAAAUUGUUGCUAGAGGCAAUAAUCACAUGUACAUCACAAAGCCCAAUAUUCUGGCUUCAAUAAUUAUUAAGUCUAUAAUGUGCCUUGUUUGACAGAAAAAAGAGACGAGCGUUUGCGUUCGCUCUGUGGCGCUCUUGUUUGAACUAUACUGGACCCUAAUAACAUAUUUUUGUCUAUGUUAAAACUAUUCUGGAGAAGGUUAUAAUUUAUGCAAUCAAUACUGCGUCACCUUGAUGUAAUAACUCAAUAUCUGCUUAUAUUUCUAUAUUCAGUUAGUGUGUUAUUGAAAUAAGGUGACAAGUUUCACUGUCUGUGUAUGUUAACAAUUUUGUUUUGUCUUUGUCCAAAAAAUGUUGUGCUAGCAUAAUAUAAUAGAGAUCUUAUUUUAAGCACAUCUACAUGCUCUUGUUUUAAGCAAAAGUCUUUCAAAGACAUGAGUUAUAGCAUAUUUUGAAAUCUGUUUAGCAUAUCAAAACACAAGAAACACGCUAGACUGAGUUUUAUUAUAAGUUAUCUUAACAAUAAGGUUUAAUUUUUUAAUAAGUAAUGCAUUUGAUUGUAAUAAUAAACACCCAUUUUAGAAAUAAAAUUGCACAAUGGGACAUAAAUAAUACACCUUUUUAUAAAAAAAAUACGGAUCUUUCUCAUCUUUAUAAAUAGUGUCAAUGUAUCUGGAUGGCUCAUUCUGCAUACUUGAAGUGUUAAAGAAAGAAAUAUAUGACAUUUUCCUAUUACAAUGUUCAUGUUUUUGAAUUUCUCUUCAUACAUGUACACAUGAGUGUUGAACAUAAUGUAUUUGUUACUGUUGACGUGUAUACAUGCUGUUGUUACUGUUAAAACUGACCAUCUGCCUUCUCAUCUGCUCUUUGAAGCCUGCCAUACUGUGCAUAUACACAAUAAACUCUCGAGAAAUGAC